GCCGCCGCCUCUGGCGCGCGCUGCGCCGCGGUCUGCGGCACCAGCGCGCCGUCGUCAUCACCUCGCACAGUAUGGACGAGAUGGAGGCGCUGUGUUCCCGCAUCGCGAUCCUGUCGGGCGGGCGCGUGCGCGCGCUGGGCACGGCGGCCGGCCUGCGCGCCGCGCACGCGCACGGACACGCCGUCGUCUUCAAGGUCACCAACGCACUCUCGACUGACGAAGUGGACGGCGCUAAGCAACAGUUGGAUCGACUGAAGGGGAAGCUACAGGAGACCUUCAACUGUUCACUCAAAGACGAACAUAAGACCAUGUUGCACUACCAUAUAAACGAUACGAUGCGGUACAGCGAACUGUUCACAGAGCUAGAAGCUCUAAGGACAGAGUUUCCAAACCUGAUCGAGGACUACUCCGUCACGGAGACAACCCUGGAGGAGGUGUUCCUCUCAUUCGCGAAGGAACAACAGGCGAUCAACCAGACUGUCUAGAAUUAUAAUUCUUAGAACAAAGGUAAUUUGCUUUAGAAUAAGAAAAGAGAGAGAAAACAUCUUCUUCUGCUGCUUAUUUCUUCCUUUACAAAAGUAUCAAGGUCACAUUAAAUGUGGACCUUUGGAUUUGUGGUCAAUAAAAGAGAUGUUUCCAAGUCAUAAAUAUGUUUUACAAAAAGUUUUCUAUAGAUAGUACACGAAUUGUUUUUUGAUGUGUCUGGGAACACAAUCUUUUCUUGAAUUAUCGAAAUGUAACACCCAAAUGCUUAAAUGUUACUCAAUUUGAAGUCGCGCUAAAUAUAGUUCUGUCUCAACAAAUUCUUUAUACAAUGACAGAGACAGCACGAUAUUUAAGUACAAUUUAAAACUGAGUAGUCUUUUAGUAUUCGAGCGUGAAAGAAAUAUAGUUUUGACUGAGGAAACAUUUCAUUUGUAAGAGUUUUUAGUUAAACAAGUUGUGUGCUUGGUACAUUGAGCGCCGAUUUUCAAUCAUCAGUUAAAUCUUAACUAUGGAAUAAAAUUGACAUUUGACAGGUUUUAGUAUCGAAGAAUUGGCUACUUUCCUAGGUUUAAAAUAAAUUGUUUCAACUUUUCAAUGCAAUAAAUAAUUAAAAAAUAAUCAUACU